GAGUUUGAACUCAAGAGGAGGCGAGGCAGAACCGCAAUCGCGACCGCGACCCGCAGGUGACAUACAUACGGUGCGAGCGCCGGAAGCCGGAAGCACCGGUGACGAAGCCUUCCGUGUCAUCACUCAUCAGGAUCUCAGGGUUUUGUUUCGUUUCGCGGGCGUUGGGAAUCCAUCCAUGGCGAGGAAGAUGCUCAUCGACGGGGAGGUGGCGGCCGUCGCGGAUGGUGGGCACUAUGACUACGAUCUCUUCGUCAUCGGGGCGGGCAGCGGCGGCGUUCGCGGCUCUCGCACCGCCGCCUCCUUCGGAGCUAAGGUUGCGAUUUGUGAGCUCCCAUUCCACCCCAUCAGCUCAGAGUGGCUAGGAGGACAUGGUGGGACUUGCGUGAUACGUGGUUGCGUACCUAAAAAGAUACUCGUGUAUGGUGCAUCAUUCCGUGGAGAAUUUGAGGAUUCGAAGAAUUUUGGGUGGGAGAUUAACGGAGAUAUUAACUUCAAUUGGAAAACGCUAUUGGAAAAUAAGACUAAAGAAAUUGUUAGAUUAAAUGGUGUGUAUCAGAGGAUCCUUACCAGUGCCGGUGUGACAAUGAUUGAAGGGGCAGGCAGUCUAGUUGAUGCUCAUACUGUUGAAGUUAGCCAGCCUGAUGGUUCAAAGCAAAGGUAUACAGCGAAGCACAUUUUGAUCGCGACUGGUAGCCGUGCUCAACGUGUCAACAUACCUGGAAAGGAUCUGGCUAUUACUUCUGAUGAGGCCUUGAGCUUGGAGGAGCUUCCAAAGCGCGCUGUAAUCCUGGGUGGCGGAUAUAUUGCUGUUGAAUUUGCUUCUAUCUGGAGGGGGAUGGGUGCUGAAGUAGAUUUGUUUUAUCGAAGAGAUCUUCCUCUAAGAGGUUUUGAUGAUGAGAUGAGAGCUAUUGUUGCAAGCAACCUUGAGGGAAGGGGAAUCAAGUUGCAUCCAGGGACAAAUCUCUCUGAGUUGAGUAAAACGGCUGACGGAAUAAAAGUUGUAACUGAUAAAGGAGAAGAGCUCAUUGCAGAUGUUGUCCUAUUUGCGACAGGGCGCACACCAAACUCCCAGAGACUGAACUUGCAAGCUGCAGGCGUUGAGAUUGACCGGGUUGGAGCCAUCAAGGUUGACGAAUAUUCUCGUACUUCUGCUCCUAGUGUAUGGGCUGUGGGUGAUGUAACAAACCGGAUUAAUUUAACACCUGUUGCAUUGAUGGAGGCAACUUGCUUUGCUAAAACUGUGUUUGGUGGCCAGCAAGUUAAGCCUGAUCACAGAGAUGUUCCUUGUGCUGUUUUCUCCAUUCCACCACUAUCUGUAGUGGGCCUCAGCGAAGAACAGGCCUUGGAGGAAGCUAAUGGUGAUAUUCUUGUUUUCAUCUCAUCAUUCAACCCAAUGAAGAACAGCAUAUCCAAGCGCCAGGAGAAGACUAUCAUGAAACUGGUAGUUGAUGCUGAAACUGACAAAGUACUUGGUGCAUCCAUGUGUGGACCAGACGCACCUGAAAUUAUCCAGGGCAUCGCUAUUGCGGUUAAAUGUGGAGCCACCAAAGCAGACUUCGACAGCACUGUCGGAAUCCACCCUUCCGCUGCUGAAGAGUUCGUGACCAUGCGCACCGUGACGAGGCGCUUGAGCCCGACAUCCAAGCCAAAGACGAACUUGUAAGCAAGAAAUUGGUAUUCUGGGGAAAUGUUACACCGGACAAAUACUCUGGUUUCAUCACGUUGGUAAUUUUUACGUCAUUGGAACUGGAACCAUGUAUAUUGAAGGAAUAAGUUGUUUUUUUCAUGGCAACACACCGAAAAUAAUGAGACCGUGGACUUUCUUGAUACAAAUAAUGAGCUCAAGCAGAGAACGUUUAUGGUUGGUUCUC